GCAUGGUGGGACGUGGGCUGCUCGUGAAGUGAAGAUGGCUGCGGAGCUCAGGCAGAGCAGAGACCCUGCGGGAGGAAGGCCGUGAAUGAACUUUAAUACACUAAAUCCUUCGAUCACACUCAAACCGUCGCGCUGUCGGAGUCGCAGUCAGCCUGUGGAGGACUUAAAACAUUCACAAACAGCAGCAGGAUAACAAACAACUGAGGAUAAAGUCUCGUAUGAAUUCCGACGAGAAGGAGGACUGUGAGUGUGCGCCACCACAGGCCGAGACUAGCCCCGCCGGAGGAGCCGAUAGAGAAUACGAGGAGCCUGAAAUAGAAAACCCAGAAGCAAGCCGAAUGAAGCGAGCAGCUGCCAAACAUCUGAUAGAGCGCUACUACCACCAGUUAACGGAGGGCUGUGGGAAUGAGUCUUGCUCCAACUCAUGGUGUGCCUCGUCGGUCGGCUUCAACCGCAUGGACAACAAUGCAGCGGCGGUCAAAGCCCUGGAGCUCUACAAGGUCAACGCCAAGCUGUGCGACCCCCACCCCUCGAAGAAAGGCACCGCCUCGGCCUACCUGGAGAGCAGCAACUCAGCCUGCAGCAACAGAAAGAUGAACCACAAAGAUGUCCACUCCGUACGGGACAACUUCAAAGAUGUAAAUUAUCUGACAGAGGAGAAGGUGUAUGAGAUCCUGGACAUCUGCGGGGAGAAGGAGGAUUACUCCCCUCUGAUCCGGGUCAUCGGUCGGGUGUUCUCCAGUGCUGAGGGUCUGGUUCAGAGCUUCCGGAGGUCCAAACCUUACACCAAGGAGGAGCUAAAGUCUCUCCAGGGUAAAGAUGAGGACAAAGAUGAGGAUGAGAAGGAGGCAGCCGCCUGCUCUGCUACAGCCAUGGAGGAGGACUCCCCCACCUCAUCUUCGUCGUCUCGGCUGGGAGAAGGCUCCUCGGGGGAAAACGACGUCCAGAAGCUGGCUCCUGAUGAGGUGUCGGUGGACAUCGAAGCCGUGCGGCGGGUCUACGAGCGCCUCCUGUCCAAUGAGAAGAUAGAAGCCGCCUUCCUGAAUGCGCUGGUCUACCUCUCUCCUAACGUGGAGUGUGACCUGACGUACCACAACGUGUAUUCACGAGACCCAAACUACCUGAACCUGUUUGUUAUCGUGAUGGAGAACAGCAACCUUCACAGCCCAGAGUACCUGGAGAUCGCUCUGCCGCAGUUCUGUAAGGCCAUGAGCAAACUCCCGCUGGCGGCCCAGGCCAAGCUGGCUCGCCUGUGGUCGCAUUACAGUGUCGAGCAGAUCCGGCGCAUGGUGGAGACCUUCCAGCAGCUCAUCACCUACAAGGUGAUCAGCAACGAGUUCAACAGCCGCAACCUGGUGAACGAUGACGACGCCGUGGUGGCGGCCACCAAGUGCUUGAAGAUCGUCUACUAUGCAAACGUGCUGGGCGGCGACCUGGACAUGGAGCACAAUGAGGAGGAGGACGAGGAACCCAUCCCAGAGUCCAGCGAGCUCACACUGCAGGAGCUGCUGGGCGAGGAGCGGCGGAACAAGAAGGGCCCCCGGGUCGACCCACUGGAGACGGAGCUGGGGAUCCGCACCAACGACUGCCGGCGGCCGCUCAUUCCCUUCGAGGAGUUUGUCAACGAGCCUCUGAACGAGGUGCUGGAGAUGGACAAGGACUACACUUUCUUCAAGGUGGAAACUGAGAACAAGUUCUCCUUCAUGACCUGCCCCUUCAUCCUGAACGCCGUCACCAAGAACCUGGGUCUGUACUACGACAACCGCAUCCGCAUGUACAGCGAGCGGCGCAUCACCGUGCUCUACAGCCUGGUCCAGGGGCAGCAGCUCAACCCCUACCUGAGGCUCAAAGUACGCAGAGACCACAUCAUCGAUGACGCUCUGGUCAGGCUGGAGAUGAUCGCGAUGGAGAAUCCUGCAGACUUGAAGAAGCAGCUCUAUGUGGAGUUUGAAGGAGAGCAAGGUGUUGAUGAAGGAGGUGUUUCCAAAGAGUUCUUUCAGCUGGUGGUGGAGGAGAUCUUCAACCCAGAUAUCGGCAUGUUCACGUACGACGAGCGCACCAAACUAUUCUGGUUUAACCCGUCAUCAUUUGAGAAUGAGGGUCAGUACACUCUGAUCGGCAUCGUCCUGGGUUUGGCCAUCUACAACAACUGCAUCCUGGACGUCCACUUCCCCAUGGUGGUCUACAGGAAGCUGAUGGGAAAGAAAGGAACCUUCAGGGACCUAGCCGACGCCAACCCGGUUCUACACCAGAGUCUGAAGGAGCUGCUGGAGUACGAGGGCAGCGUGGAGGAGGACAUGAUGAUCACCUUCCAGAUCUCCCAGACAGACCUGUUUGGGAACCCACUCAUGUAUGAUUUAAGGGAAAAUGGGGACAAGAUUCCAGUCACAAACGAAAACAGAAAGGAAUUCGUGGCUCAGUACUCGGAGUACAUGCUGAACAAAAGUGUGGAGAAACAGUUCAAGGCGUUCAGGAGAGGCUUCCACAUGGUCACCAACGAGUCGCCGCUCAAAUACCUGUUCAGACCGGAGGAGAUCGAGCUGCUCAUCUGUGGAAGCAGGAACCUGGACUUCCUGGCGCUAGAAGAAACGACAGAAUAUGACGGCGGUUACAACAGAGAUUCUCGAAUCAUCAAGGAGUUCUGGGAGACUUUGCACUCAUUCGGUGAGGAGCAGAAGCGACUCUUCCUGCAGUUCACCACCGGCACUGACAGAGCACCCGUAGGAGGGCUGGGCAAGCUGAAGAUGAUCAUCGCCAAGAACGGCCCCGACACAGACAGGUUACCGACGUCUCACACCUGCUUUAACGUGCUGCUGCUGCCGGAGUACAGCAGCAAGGAGAAGCUGAGGGAGAGACUGCUGAAAGCCAUCACCUACGCCAAAGGCUUCGGCAUGCUCUGAUCCCGUCCCUACAGAGUCCCACCUUCCCUAUCAGACACAAUCUACAGGUGACCACAGUAUGUUUCCAUCAUGAACGAGGACAGAUGGUUGUAGUUCUGCUGCUGUGCUUCAUCAUCCACGUCAGUGUGAGCACAGAGACCUCUGAACGCCCACUCCCACUCCCACAUCCACACCAUGUGAAUGUGCUGCAGCCUCCCGUCUUUGUUUCUAUGUACAGAGAGGAUCAUCUUCCUUCUUAUUUAUUUUAAGGUUAAAUGGCUUAUUUUCACGCCUGCCUGCGUAGGGGAAGGGGUUAAUAUGAAAUUAUGUAAAUUCUGGGAUGAAACAGAAACCAGUCCAUAUAAACCCAGUUUACUGAACAGAACCAUGUUAGAGGAACUCUAGAGUAGUUUUACUGCUAAUAUUCCCCCUUGGAGACAGAAUCCGCUGACCAUUCCACUCACAUCGUUCCUCCAAAUCCAUUCUGAUCGAGGUAACCGUCUGGUUCCUGUCAUCCGGUCCAGAUAGGCUCAUUAUCAGAUCUUCUUCUGGACCUUCCCCUUCCUGGGACUCGGCAGGUUAGACUCAGAUCCCGUCAGAGCUGUGUAAGUGCACUUAGACAUUUUCAGAAUGUUUGUUUUCCGGCCACAGGUUGCCAUGAUUGUUGAAGCGUUUUAUUUCCUUGUCUUCCUGUGUUGAUUCUAAAUAAAACCAGUGUUUAUAUAUGAGUGCAGUUGGAACUACAGCACCGAACUGCAGUGAUGGACGUAGAGUUGUUCUUGUGCCAACCUGUUCAGUCAGUGGAUAGGAGGAGGAGCUCUGUUGAUCGGGAACCUUCACAUGUGGAAAUGUGCACGGAUGAAGCUUUGUGGUCUUGGGCUCAUCGGACCUUCUGGCUGUGGUUACACCUGUCGUAGUUGUCUCCAAGACAAACUACAACAAUAAGACGCUUCCUUUGCUGUUAGGCCCUCAAAGCUAAAUACUGUCAGUGCAGAUUAUUGAACAGCUUAUUUCAGAAAAGCUGCUGUGUCCUCCUGCUGUCAGCCUUUCCUCUAACCUGCACUGAACACACAGAAACACUCGUCAGAUUUAGUUUGGAUCUGUGUGUAAAAGUGAAACAGCUGUAACCACUGUCAGUUUUUCACAAUAAAGUGCUGAAUAGUUCUUUGAAGUGUUAGAAUCUGAACUGUGAAUCCAUCCCCCACAGAGCAGGCAGAUGUUUGUGUUUUUAGUUCUCUGAUCGGUGGAUUUGGCUGUGAUUUGAAGGACUCGAUGUCUCCGUGAUGUUCCUGCACACAGUUCUCUGGUUUAAAUCCUUUUUUUUUUUUUUUUUUUUUUAAACCAACAACCUGGGUCUUGUUUUGUACUUUUGGCCUCAGUUCUUUUCAUUUCUUUUAAAUUGAGCAUUUUCAGUAGAGCGCUACAGGAUAAGUCACCGGGCAGCUUUUAGAUUCAUCUGCAGUUUACCCGCAUUAUUUCAGCCACUUACUGAAAGUAAAACAUCUCCAUACUGGAAGUAUUAGAUGUUUACAGUGCAGUGAAGAGGUGAGUACACACCUGGGCAAUACCAUUAUUAUCAGUUACCUUCUAGUAGCUGCAGUACUUUUACUGCUGACUUCUACAGCUGGGUAUUUGCUCUUAUGGGAAAUGAAAAAAAUGAGUUUAUGUCUAUUGAGUCAAAAAUACAGCCUCCAUAGUAGAAACUCAAUGCAGCAGGACUCAGUGCAACUUUCUUUUGUUGUUUCUUCUUUAACAGUCGGUGUUUUUACUUAGUUUUUGCGUGUGAUUUUGGGUCAGUUUGGAACUUGGAAUUCUCCUCAUCUGCUGAACCAGUCCUCUACUCAGCCAGUAGUUUUUCAUGGUUCCAUCUAUACAUGUCAUCUCUGCAACACCUUUUACACUCAUAUAGCCCCACACCAUCACACCUCCACCUCCGUGCUUCACUGUCAGCACCAUACAUCCACAUUUACUUCUAACAUGCUGGAAUCCAUCUGAGCUGAAUAAAUAUAUCUUCAUCUGAUCAAAUAAUUAUUAUCAGACUUCUUUUUAAAAUUUGAUUUAAUUUUGUAGUUCUUAAGGUUCAAUAUAUCCAGAAAAUCCAACUUCUAGAACCAACAUUUUGCACUUUUUUCCAUUUUUUGAAGACAAAUACUCAAAAAUUUGUCCUCUGCUGCAGUAAUUCUAUGAUUUGUUUCUACUAGAGACAUGUUUUUCUGUGUCCUCACCAAAUUUCAUGGUUCUGGGGGUUAUAUUUCUCAGGAUAUUGAGCUUAUAAAUUGGCUUCACAGGUUGGAUGUUAUUUUGGGGGUCUGAAAAACCUUUAAAUUCAGCCAAGAUGUUUUACAGGGUUUAGUUUUGGGUCUUAAAUGGAGCAACACUACCAUCUAAAAUGACACAGACAGACGCACUGUUCAGUUGCUAUCACACAAAAUGAAGCUUUACAGAAUUUGUUCAGUGUUCUUAGUAUUUCUAUUGACAAGGAACAUAUUUAAAUCACCUUUACAGCUCUCAUCUGAUGGAACUUCUAUCCAGUGUUCAUCAGACUUCUUUCUGAUCUUCUGUUUUUUUUUUUUUCUUUCUUGGACAUCAUCCACUGAGGCUGACAUUCUUAACUGUCACAGAACCUCUGAUUUCCACUGAUCAUUGCUGUUCCCACUCUGAAACACCAGUUAAUGUGCUGUUGUUGACAUUAUUUUAGGACCACUGCACGUCUGAUUAGUGGAACCAUCGCUCGUUUUUUUCCACUGUUAGUUGGUCACUGAUUUUCAUAUAUCCUUCUUAGAUGUUUGAAGUUUCUUUUCCUCUGGGAGUUAAAUUCUAUGUGAUGCAGACAUGCGUAGUCCACAGGUCCAGAAUUGACAACGUUCUGGUGUUUUAUAGUUCAUGCUAUCAGGAAAUCACGGGUGUUCUUCGUGUUGUUGAAAUGAUCACAGGUUUUCUAAUGUUGGUGAUCACGGGUGGAUUCACUUUAGUCGCACUGAGUUUCUACUUUGGAGCUUCUAUUUUUUCUGCUGUUGAACUUAGAAAUCAUGCAGUUGUUGAAAGCUGAUUCAGUUUUUAAUCAUUUAACAUUUAAAUGAUGUUGCUCAGGGGUGUACUCACUUCAGCUGUGGCAGGUCCUGAUAAAAAUCAAAGACCAUGGUCAUUGUGAUGAGUUCCAUGAUGAGCCUCAAGUUGCCUUUCAAGACUCAGUUUGACUCUUGUACUGGAUGGAAAUUAAUGGAGUCACCUCGACAGUGUGGGGAGAAAAACUACAAAAAUCAGAAACUAGCAUCCAUUAAAAACUGUAGAAUAGCUACUAAACCUGACUGGUCCUUAAACUUUGAGCUUUUAGUUUCACUUCCAAUACAUGGUUGAGAUAAUUUGGGUAAAUUGUGGACAUAAAAUACUCACAUUGAUGUAAAUCUGUGCAUUUCCCUCAUCAUUAGAUCUGGUAUUAAAUGCUGUAGCGUUUCAUCUCACAGCUCCUACAUGAAGCCGGCUCAGGUGUCGUCCUGAUAACACCCGAGCCUUCAACAGUCUGCUGAUGUGUGUUUUUAUGUGCACUUAAGAGGUGGUUGUUGGUCGGAGGUUGAAUCUGUGGCUUCUCCGCCAGAGGACGAUCUGAUUGGUUGAAAUGCUGCUCAGUGCCCACGACAUGCCACUAAACCACGGUGCUCAGACCACCGCAGGACACCACAACUCUGAGCCAAUCUUUCUCUUCUGAUUUCUUCUCAUCUUUAUGGUUUCAGCCAGACCUGGGCCUCAUGGUGUUGGACAGUACCUUUUACUGUUUUUGGACAGAACAAGGAGUGCCUAAACAUGUGGACAAACACUGGACUGUGUUGGAGAGUCUCUGCAGUAAACCUUAAAACAAGGUUGUCGUUACUUCCAGCUGUUGUUGAGCCCAGGUCUGGCUCCAGCUGUUCACCAUUACUGUACCUCUGUUUCGUAAUGCUGAAGAUGCUGCUCGCCUGGACAUGUGAACGGGCUCUAGAGCCUGCUGACGGUAAACGGUGAAGGGUCAACCUGAUCUUGGAAAGGGAAGCAGUUUUCAUCGAUUGGUUUGAUGCAACAGUUAAAUUCUACAAACGGACGAAAGGCUCAAAGUAUUCAGUGUUGUGAAAACAUGCUAAAUAAAGAUGACUGCUUUUUUCCAGA